UUCCUCUGUACAAAAGAAAAUAAAUGUUUGACUAAACAAGCAAAAUUAACUUCCCAAAGUAUAGAUAUUGAAAAAAGUUCUCCAGAUUAUCAUAUAUGGCAAGUAUGUCAAACUCAAGGCCCGAGGGCCAAAUCUGGCCCGCCAUAGCUUUCUAUGUGGCCCUCUAGUCUCCAAAUUACAGCAAUAGGCCCCUCCAGGUUUUCACAAAUAACCACAAAAUUCACACAAAAACCAACAAAUCCCCACAUUUUUCUGAGUUUAUCAACAUUUUUUCUCAAAAUUGUCCAAAAACAUUUUGGUUCAAGUGAGCGCCGUCUCAGCCUGACUUGAUGUCAAGUUAUAGUCCAUGACCGAUAGAGCGAUUAAUAAAAGGUCACAUUUAACAUCAUAUAUUAGCGCAAUUAUUGUAAAAAUUCCUUAGGAAUAUUUCUAAAUUAGCGCCACGAAAUCUGUGAUGUUGAUGGCAGAAAACCACAAAAACAAUCCUGGAUGGACUGAUUAGUGUGAAAAGAUGUUCAAUAUGAUGUUAUUUUAAGGAACACUUUUAACAAUUGAAUUGGUUUUUAUCAAUACGAUCCGGCGCAACAGGAACUUUAUGAACAUUCAGAUUUUGGCCCAAAUGGAAAUGAGUUUGAUGCCCUGAUAUUUGAUUAAAAACGACUGAAUCCUGGACUAUUUUGAAUGUAAACAAGAAUAAAGAGGAAGAUAUUUGGUGGUGGAAUGAUGUCACUCCACCAGCAAAGGAAGAUUCUGUGAUGUCACUGGCGAUUCAGUCUGUGAUGUCAUCAACUGUAGGAUUGUAUGUAACACAAUUCUGCAUAUUUUUCAUUGCUUGCAAUAUCACUGACCAGUUCAGACGCAAAGCUCUUUCAGGUAGUUUACCAAUCGAGGAUUUUAGCGAUUGUAUUUAGGAGAAAAUGUCUCAUUAUACGCCGAGAUACCACAGUGGGAUGAUGGGACCCCACGCGAGAAGGGGAGGCCAGCAAAACCCCCAAGGCAGGUUCCCUCCUGCACACCCGAAUGCCUUACACGGGGAAAUCCACAGGCUGAGUUACCUUCUGGAAAUGGAGAGAGCCGGGAGGUUUGAAGACAACCAGAAACUGUCCCACCUGGAGGCCGAGCUGGAAGAGACCAAACUCCAGUUAAAAAAGCAAAAAGCUCUCAAAGAAACUUUUAUCAACCAGGCCAAAGACGCAAAGAGGGAACUUGAGAGGCUAGAGAAGUUCAGUGAUCCAGCAGUCUGUAACGCUGCGGUCAUUGCUUCCAAGGUUCACAACAACAUGAAAUACAUGAAGAAGAAGAACUUGCAACAAGACUUGGAGGAGUUAAAGGUGGCCCACCUCCUCAGCCAGGAAGCAUUUGUGGCUGAAAUACAGGCUGAGAGGAAGAAAAGUCAGGCCCUCCAAGAAGAUCUGGACCAACUCCAGACUUCCUACGAGGAACUGCGCUCUGAGUAUGAAGCAGCUGAUGCUCUGCUGAGGCAGGAGGCCGAGACACAGAAGCUUUAUGAAGCGAGGCUGAGUGAGGAACAACGACUGCUGGAGAACUUGAGAGCUGAGAAGGACGACAUGUUUAAAGAAAUGUCCCAAAAGAUUUCAUUCCUGCAAGACGGUGAGAAACUUUUGCAGGACGAAUUAAAUCUGAUCAAACGUUCAUACAAUGAACUGACCUGCAAAUAUGAAAGCGAAGUUUCUUCACUAAAGCAAGACGUGGAAAGAUAUCGGCAGGAGGCGACAGAUGAGAAAGACGCCAACAUAGAAAGAACGAAGGAAAAUAUGCAGCUUAUCAACAAUCUGAGAGCUGAGAAGAUGGAGCUCUUUCAUAAAAUGUCCAGAGAAAUCACAGUUCUGCAAAAGAGAGAGAAGCAGAUGAUAAAACUGGACCAGUUUAACUUCUUCUACGAGGAGCUAAAAUGUAAAUAUGAAAGAGGCAUUAUGGAUAUACAGCAGCACCGUGAAAAAUACCAGAAGAAGAUAAACCAGGAGGAAACUGCUCUUUCAAACAGAGAAAAGAAAGAGAAGGUUAUGCAUGAAAGAAACCAUUCUGAGCUGCAACAACAAGUUGAAAACCUUCAGCUGCAGAUAAAUCAGGAGCGAAAAGAUCAUCUGGAGAAAUCAGAGGAGGACAAGGAGCAUCUAGAGAACCUGAGAGCUGAGAAGGAGGAGCUCUAUCAAAACAUGUCCAGAGAAAUCACAGUUCUGCAAAAGAGAGAGAAGCAGCUGAUAAAUGAACUGGAUCAGGUUCAUGUUUCAUACGAGGAGCAAAAAUGUAAAUAUGAAAGAGACAUUAUGGAUUUACAGCAGCAGGCUGAAACGUACCAGCAGGAGAUAAACCAGGAGAGGAAAAUUAAUCUGGAGAAAUCAGAGGAGGACAUGGCGCUUCUAGACAAUAUGAGAGCUGAGUUUGCCGUCCUCCAAGAUAAAACAACAACUGAGAUUAAAUUCCUUCAAGACAAGGAAAGGAGUGUCCAGGCUGAGUUAGAGAAGGUUAACAGUUUGUACCUGGAGUUAAACCGUCUGUAUGAAACUGAUGUCACUGCAAUAAAACAGGAAGCAGCAAAAUACCAGCAGGAGAAAAGUUGUGUGAUAAAUGAUUUGGACGGAGCAAGAGAGGAUGUACUGCUGCCCGACACUCUAACAGCUGAGGAAGAAGAUCUCCAUCAAAAACACGUCCCAGUUUCCCAAGAGGAGAAAGACUCACAGAACCAAGUCGACCUGGUUAAAGUCUUCAGUCCAGAGGUUUCUUCGGAGGAGGAACUCUCAGAAAAAACCUUAUCAAGUUGUUCCACGGAUCCAGAAUCCACAGGAGAGACUGAGAUCGCUGGAGAAACCAUCCUGGAGGAUUUAAACAAUCCAGAUACUAAAACCCUGCAGGAUGGUAAAAGGAAAAAAUCAAAAUUUUCAAUUUGGAAAAAAGUCCAAAACAUUCUGCGAUUGAAAAAGCCAAAAAAACCCCAAAAGAUUGAAGACGAUCAAGAACAUGUUUAAUGUUCUUGAUUUGGAUAUUUAGAGGAGAAAGACGUGAGAGGUCUGUGAACGGGGCGCCAUGCCACGCUCCGUCAAGAGGAAAUUUAAAAACCAUGAAGUUUUUCCCCAUCGACUAACUAGAAAAUAGAUCCCUUCCCGACCCGAUUGGAAAAAACGUGGGCAGCACGGUGGUGCAGCGGUUAGCGCUGCAUCUUCACAGAGACCAUCUGUGUGGAGUUUGCAUGGUCUCCCCGUGUUUGCGUGGGUUUUCUCCGGGUGCUCCGGUUUCCCCCCACAUCUCCUAAAACAUGUAGGUCAGGUCAGUUGGUCACUGUAAAUUGCCCCCAAAACACUUUAAGGAACUCCAACCAUGUCCAGUAUUAUUGUUAAACUUGUAAAAUGAAUUGAAUUAGCCGAACGUUAGCCCUUUUCCCUUCGCUGGUUUAGUGGCAGGCGGCUCAGUGCCGCAACUAGGCUCAGUAUUUAUAGCAACGUAUUGAUUUAAGAAUUAAAAUUUCUUCUUUUAAUAGUAACGAUUUCUGUUUAUUUUCACUGUACUUGUGCUUUUAUGGUUUGUCCCUUAGUUUACCUUUUCUACUCACUUUUUAUAUUAAAUUGCACUGAAUUGUAGCUCGUUAUUCUGUUUAAAUCUGUAUUUUAAAGAAGAUUAGCAAAAGGAUCAUGCAGUGGCUUUUU